GUCCGGCCUUGCGGGGGCAGUAACGCUGCACGUCGAUGACGUUGUCAGAAAAACAAGGAAGUGAGCGGCAGCAGCAGCAGGAUGGUUGUCAACUGGGGAAAGUAGAUGUUCGCUGAUGGUCGAUUAUCUUCCACGUGUAAGCUAAUGAGCUCCACUGCGGAAAUGAAGGCAGCAGAGAAGGAGUGUUCAGAUGUGCAGGGGGCUGCAGCAGCUGCAGCAGCUGCAGCAGAGGAACCAGGCGUUUCUGGACACCAGCAGACUUCGACAAAGCCGACUUGGUCUUUGCUAGAGGAAGCUGGCCAAAUGAAAACAGAAGGAAAUGCUUUCUACAGGGAGAAGAACAUUCGUUCGGCCAUCGGCCGUUAUCACCGCGCACUCCUGAUCCUCCGAGGCCUCGACUCUGACGUGAUGGCUCGCGUCAAAGAUUUUGGACCCAAGACACCUGCUCUCACACCAGAACAGGAUACUUUACUGAGAAACACGCAAGUGGACUGCUACAACAACUUAGCUGCCUGUUUGCUGCAGAGAGAGAGUGUUGACUUUGCUCGUGUGCAGGAGUACAGCCUGCGGGUGCUGCAGUGGCGACCAGGCAAUGUCAAAGCACUGUACAGGGCAGGAGUAGCCACUCUGGAGAUGGGAGAUGCAGUGAUGGCCAAACAGUAUCUCAUCCAGGCCGGCAGAGAACAACCUAAUGAUGCUAAUGUGAAGAAGCAGCUGCACAGGGCUGAGGAGAAACUGAAUCGGGAGCUACAAAAAGAGAAGGCCAUGUAUCGAGGCAUGUUUUCCUCUGGUCUGAAGAGCAGCUCCGAAGAAGGGGUUAACCAAACCAACGGAGCUGGGGACGGAGUUUAGUCUGACAGCCAACCCGUGACAAACAACUCAACCUUAGAAAGACUGCUGAUCGCAAACCAACUGGAGAAUGAUCACAUGUCCUAAAACACUAGUUCUACUGAAUCUCCUAGAUAUUUGAGGUGAGCUCAGUAACACAGCGACGUUAUACAGAAUACUGGUCUGUAUGAAAGUAAAGAUGUCACUGCUGAAAAUAGAAAGGACAGGAAUGUUAGUUUCCUAGCAACAUCGAAACAGACCUUUUUUCCCCCAAAAGAGCGAGUUUGGAUAUUUCACAGAAACGUGAGACUCUUCAUGUACUACUCAGUGUUCUGAUAGUGAGUCAUGAUCGCAAUUGUCUGGUCAGUUGUGUGAAUGUUAAUUUUCCAAGUAAAAUAUUUUUUUAUAAAUUA